AUGAAUACCCUUCGCGGUCUCCGGCCAGUUUGCCACUCGUUUGGACCAACUCCACCAUCGACACGACUCUUCUCAAGCACAGGACGACUCCAUGCCGACUUCACUCAUGCGGUUGUUGGAGCCGGCGCUGUCGGUCUUGCCAUUGCGAAGCGACUACAGCAAAUCGCUGGUGCGUCUGUCGUGCUGAUCGAGAAGCAUGGCAUGGUGGGAAGUGAGACAAGCAGUCGAAACAGUGAAGUGAUCCACGCUGGCCUAUACUAUGGGCAUGAUUCGCUCAAAACGAAACUCUGCUUGAAAGGAAAGCAAAUGAUGUAUGACUACUGCUCUCGCAAUCAUAUCUCUCAUAUGAACUGUGGCAAGUGGGUCGUAGCGCAGGAUCAGGAUCAGCUGGACUCCUUGGAAGACGUUCACAAAUUCGCAGGCAGCAUCGGCGUGCCAACACGAUUCAUCUCAGCCGAAGAGGCCAAGCAGAGAGAGCCAGACGUUCGAGCAGAAGCCGGUGCACUCGAGUCUCCGUCAACAGGCAUUGUCGAUUCACACGGCUUUAUGCAGUUCAUGCAUGGCGAGUUCGAGGAUUUGGGCGGCAUCACAGCACUGGCCAGUCCCGUCACACGCAUCCAGGCUCCUACAGCCGGCAAUGGCGACUGGAAGAUAUGGACGGCUCCACCACAAGCUAGCGAGCCACAACCGUCUUCUCCGAGCGCUGCGGUACCAGAACUAGAAGGGGAAGAUACCUCAAUCACAGCUGAGACUAUCAUUAACAGUGCUGGUCUGUAUGCUUGUGCUAUCAACAACAUGAUACUACCGGAGGAGAGACAUCGAACACCAUUCUAUGCGAAGGGUACUUACUUCUCAUACUCCAAGUCUUUCCCAAACCCAAAGACUUUGAUCUACCCAGCACCAAUACCCGGCCAUGGUGGUCUAGGAACACAUCUUACGCUAGAUAUGGCCGGUCGAGUACGAUUCGGACCCGAUGUAGAGUGGGUUGAUUCACCAAAUGAUCUCGCACCCAGCCCGAACAGCAAACGCUUCGCGGCCGCUCUCGAAGACAUCAAGUCAUAUCUACCAGGCAUCGACACCGACGCAGUAUCACUAGACUACGCGGGUAUACGACCGAAGCUUGGAAAGCUGGGAGCUGUAGCCAGCGGCAAGGGAUUCCAGGACUUCUACAUCAAGAUGGAGGAGGGUUAUGAUGGCUUCGUCAACUUGCUAGGCAUAGAAUCACCAGGCUUGACCAGCAGUCUUGCCAUCGCCGAGGAGGUCUACGAGAUUUUGUAUCGUGGUGGUAAGGCAUCGCAAAGUAUGGAUAGGCAGGAAGUGAUCAGAGAGCCUGGAAAGGAAUUUGGGAUUGGAGGCGAUCAAUAA